CUAAUUUUAAAAUAAGAGAAUAUUUAGAAUAACGUUCAAUUAAUGCAGAAAUGAAAAAUUUUCAUACAAAAUUAAUCUUUUAACAACGGAUAACCGUUAAAUCGCUGGUUUUUUAAGGACAUUUGUAAAAGCCUAAAUAUUUAAAUUUCAUAUAAGGGAUUUCGACGUUCUGAACAUUAAAAUCUUCAUCAUUCAGUUUGUUUGUAAAAGUGCCAAAGAUGUCAAUCGGCCAAAACGCUAACAAUAAACCCAUAGAUUAUGUUCUGGUGUACGAAAGAAUUGAUUAUGAAUACGGUGACGACGACGACGAAGACGAAGAAAAUAACGAGAAUGUAAAGAUGAUGAAAGAAAAACAAAGACAGAUGUUUAAAAUGGCAAUGCAGGCGGAAGGUCUGGAACUGGAAGAGGAAAAGAUCGGAAAAUACGUAUUUAUAAAAAUCCAUUGCCCUUUUGGAAGAUUAUGUGAAGAAGCCCAAACGUUAAAGAUGGAAUUCCCUCUAGUUGGACUCGAUUGGAUUAUUUCCGAAAUGGACGAACCUAGAGAAUCUCGACAAUCAUUUUUGGGCGAAGAUAAAGUAAAGAAAAUGUUCGGCAUGGACGAAAAAAGCAGUCAUAUAGUAGCCCCCUUUCUCAAGGAUUGCAAAGAUUGGUUUAUCACUCAGGAACAACGGGACACAUUUUUUACACAAGCGACUCGAUGCUUAUUGGUACAUAAUAUUUUAAUCAAUAUUGACAUGGGAAAAGUCGCAAAUUUAAGUAACUUAACGUUCACCGAAAAACAAGGAUUACUGAAUAUGCUGUUAAAAAAAAUAUAUUUGGAUGCCUUUAUACUUCACGAUCGUUCUUCUCGAGAAAGUGGCGAUGAAGUUCCAGUGCGAUAUGAUAAUUCUAUUGUGGAAAUGAGUGAAGAUAUUUCUCCACCAAGUGUUCCUUCAAUAAUAGAAGAUACCAGGAUAGUAUUGGAUGGAAAAUGGACCAAGUUUUUUAAACGCCAGCCUCUUCCUUUGAUACGAGAUUACUUUGGAGAGAAAAUUACUUUUUAUUUUGCAUGGGUUGGAACUCUUAUUAUAUCGUUGUUUAUACCAGCUGUAUUAGGAGUAGCUGUAUUUAUUUACGGAGUUAUCACGAGAUUAGUAAAUGACGAAGAAAUUAUUUUUAAGAACGGUACCGUUAUUAAAGAUGACAGAAAAGGUUUCCUGUACGGUAUCGAUGUCAUUAAAUCGUCCAGUGAUAACAUCUUUACUCCAGCUUUUGCCUUCAUUAUUUGCCUUUGGGGUACAAUAUUUUUAGAAGUAUGGAAAAGGAAACAGGCUACUUUAGCUCAUCAGUGGCAUGUUGAAAAUUUUGACAUGGCAGAACAAGAACGUCCACAAUAUUAUGGAACAGAAUGUUAUCAAGAUCCUUUUACCAGACAAAUGAAAGAAUAUUAUCCUUUUAGACGAAGAUUUUUGAAAUAUCUGUUUUCAAGUUUUAUUCUAGUUAUUAUGGUCUGUGUUGUCUUCAUUAGCGUAACAUCUGUAAUACUGUACAGAUUAUAUACAGAUGUAAAUGUAUGCAAAGAAAAUACAAAAUGUAAAAUGUUGCACGGUACUGUUAUUGCCGCUACGUUAAAUACUAUAUCUAUCAUGAUAUUAGGAAGGAUUUACAAUUUCCUAGCUGUUAAACUUACAGAUUGGGAAAACCAUCAGACCCAAAGUGCUUACAAUGAUGCUUUAAUCAUUAAAUUAUUUGCCUUUCAGUUUGCUAAUACUUAUACAUCUCUAUUUUAUAUUGCAUUUUUUAGAAAAGAUUUAGGGGAAAAUGGUAUGUUUGGAAUGGGCAAAGAAUAUCAAGAUAACUGUGGUGAUCAGGAUAAUGACAAUUGUAUGUCACUUUUGUCUUUUCAACUUUUAGUUUUAAUGAUUAUGAAACCCGUACCCAAAUUUACUUCAGAUAUUAUUAUUCCAUGUCUGAAGAAUGCAUUCAGAUCACUCUCAGGUUUGAAUCAAAUCAGUAAUUCAAAACAACACUAUUUGAUGAGAGAAAUGCUUAAGCCAACGGAAGAAAAUUUUCGCUUGGAUGAAUUCACCGAAAAAGUUAUACAAUACGGAUACAUUAUGCUGUUUGCUGCAUCGUUUCCAUUAGCACCGCUUUUAGCACUAUUAUUUAAUGUAGUGGACUUAAGAAUCGAUGCCAAAAGACUAUUAUGGUGGAAUAGGAGACCAAUUCCUUACAGAGAUAAUGAUAUAGGCAUAUGGUUUUACAUUAUUCAUUUUGUUAAUAUAUUAGGCACUAUUAGUAAUGCUUGCCUAAUAGCAUUCACAUCUAAGUUUGGAAGAAAAUAUUCUUUGACACAACAGCUUAUAGUUAUUUUAAUCUUCGAGCAUUUUGUUUUCGCUGUAAAAUUUCUAUUGGACAUUGCCAUACCUGAUACUCCUGAAUCUGUUAAAUUAGAUAGGAAAAGAGAUCGCUUUGUGGUCGCUCACUUUAUGUCCGUAGUUGCUGGUGGUAGUGGUGGCGGAGGAGGUGGAGGUGGUGGUGGCAGAACUGAUUGGACGAAAUCUCAUCUUGUUAGCAAAGGUUCGAGACGUUUUAAAAAUCCUCCAAAAUUCAACGAAAGUGACACGACGCUGCGUGUGGAGAGUUCAGAAAUAGACACGUAAAACCAAAGUUAUUCAAAAUCAAAUUUUCUAUCAUCAAUUCAAUGUGCAGUAUUAUAAUAAUGAAAUUUUCGCGUGAAAGUUUCGUUUUAAUUCAUUGCCAUUUUCGGUUAAAUAACAGUAUUUCUGGCAUUUUUCUAAUUUUAAUCAUCGUUUUGAAGAUAAUAUUGAGUCAUUUACAAUAUUUGUAUAUAAAUAUAUUUUUAUAAUGAAUAUUUUUAUUUGCUCUUUGUAAAAUUAUUUGCCUAGUCAUUUAACGUUACCAAAGUAUUCAUAUUUUAUAUGUACAGUAUUUAAUUUAUAAUUAGAAAUCAUUAUGAAAACAUUAAAUAUUUUCAUAGAUGUUUACUCAAUAUAUUUUGUUAUUGGGUACUUCAGAAAACCCAAAUUUUCCUUUUCUUUUUUUUUAAUGUAUAUAUCAAUAUCUUUUUUUUUAAACAGUACAAAAUAAACUGGAAGUUAGAAUUUAGGCACUGAGAUAAAACUAACAUUAAACGAGUUUUAUAGCCAUGUACUUAUUUGAAAUCAAUGACAUGGAGUAAACAAAACUAUUUAGAAAAAUAUUUUAUGGUAAAAUUAUCAGGAUAUUUUUUAAUCUGUAUUUAAUAUGAGAUAAUGUUUUUCAUAUAAAAAAAAAAUCCAUAAACGUUCAAGUGGUUAGCAUGAUUGAUAGAAUUCGUUUAAUAUUAAUGUUAACUCAGGAGUUUAACUGUCUAAAAAAUUCAUUUUUCUACGUGUGAAAAAUGGCUUGUAAGAAACUUUUAUAAAACUAUAGGUAUAUUGCAGUUCCUGUUUUAACUACAAUCUUCACUUCGUGAUAAACUCAGACAUACAUAGUGUACUUAGACAUACAUACAUUACAUACAUAUAUACUUAGACAUACAUAGGCCAACAUAAUUGUUAUUUGUUACAUAGGUGUAUAGUUAUAAAAUUUAAAAAAUUGGAAAAGUUAAUGUUGAAAUAAAUCUUAAAUAUCUUGUUAAACUAAAUUUGAGCUUUCAUCGUAGGCAUGGAAAUUACAUAAGCCUUAAAAUAGAGCUAUCAAAUGCGAAAUGUAUGCCUUUUUAAUAUUAAAAAUUAUAUUUAUGUACAUUUGUAAGAAUUUGUAAAAUAUGUGUAAUAAAUUAAUUUUGUUCAUGAUUGUCAUAUCUUUUUCAAAGAUUAAUAUACUUUACAUAUAACUUUAGCAAUCGAUAAUCAGAAAUUGCAUUAACGUUACUCUCGAUCAUAUCUCGAUACUUUUAAGCAGAGCUCAUUUGCAAAUAUUUAAUAUGCACUUCAGAAAUAUGAUAUUAAAAAAAUAUAUAUUUAUCCAAAAUAUAUUAAUGAUCA